UUGGACAUUGGUCCUAGAAUCAAUGAUGAAAUAUCGUGUAAGCACGAGCCGUAGUUCGAAUAUUUCUUCACUCCUCCAUGGCCGCUUCACCAUUAAAGUUGUCUUACUCGACAACACAGAAGUGUCCUUCAAGUUCGAAGAGCGCAAAAAGAUUUUGGGGUCCGAGCUAUUUGAGAAAGUCUGCAAGAAUACCAAGAUAGAGGAACCUUGGCGAAAAUACUUUGGCUUACAGUAUGUUAACAAAAAUGAUGGGAAAAGAGAUUGGUUAAAAAAAAACCAAGUCGUUAACCAAUGUCCUUCAAGUGUGCCAGGACAAUUUCAGUUUGCUGUAAAAGUUUUUCCAGAUACCCCAUCGGAUGAAGAUCAAGUUGUACAAAAAUUACUCGUUUUUCAAGUGAAGGAGUAUCUUCUUCUUGGGAAUUUACGCACCACGAUCCAAGAACAAGCUCUUCUCGACAGCUACUUUGCUCAAGGUACGCUCGGGAACUUCAACCAAAAAAAACAUUUUAAUGGCUACUUGGAAAAAUUCUUGGGCUCAUUUUUCUGCAAUUCAUUUUCCGAGAUGAGUAAAAAUCUCUACGAGCAGAAAGUACAGACACUUCACAAGUCGCACCAGGGGAUGGCACAUUGUGAGGCCUUCAAAGCGUUUCUUUCCCUCAGUGCCAGUAUAUUUGGCUAUGGGACAUUCGUCUACAAGCGAGCAGUAGACAUGAAUGGCAAGGAAUUUAUUCUAACAGUCUCCUUCAAAGGCAUACAGAUAUUUUUGCCUAACAUCUAUGGAGAACCUGAAGAGCUUGUCCAAGAGUUUCCUUGGGAUACGGUAGUUUCUUUCGUUAGUGACAGCUCCAAGUUCCUGUUCUCUGUCUGCUCGGCUCACAAGUCACUUCAGACCCACAGUUUUCGCUUCAAGGGACAAUAUGGGUAUCUGCAGGCCAAUAGGGUAUUCACAGACGCUGUGUAUCAUAGAGAUUUGAUCUUGGCCUUAAAAUCUAUUCAAGAAAGAGAGCCAAGAAGCAAAUCCCUGAAGAGCGAAAACUCCGCACGACUAGAGCGGCUCCUUCCAGGAAGGGGCAUUGACAAAAUGAUCUUAAUGCCAACCAAGAAAACGGAGGUUUAAUUUUUUUGAACAAUUGCACCUUACUUAAACUGAUCAUGAAGUAUCAUCUAAUAUAGUUUCGCUGUACGUUUAAGGUGGCUCCGUCCACACCUCUGAUUUAAGGUCUUCAAAUACAUCUAUCUUAUUUGGAGCGAUCAGAUUUUUAUUUCAGAUUUUGGACGACGGUGACAGUUUGCAAUAAUGUAGGUUUUAACUCUGACUCGACGUUACCAGAUUAACUAUAGGCAAUUAUCCUUGAAUUUUUCAACAAGUAUUUAUUAAUUUUUUCAUGUAACCAUAAAAAGCAAAUUUAUAAUCAAGUAACAAGACAACUGGGUUGCCCAAUGUGCUGAUAUGCUGGAGAUUAUUUAAGCACUAAUCUUUGUUAUGUACCACUAUUUAGGAGGAGGGGGUACUUUGGAACAUUUUGGGUGUAUUUUUCUUUC